AUGUCUACCGACUGGUCUAUUGCCUUUAAGCCAAUUCUCGACCUUCACUCUAAGGCCAUUUUUGCUGCAGGUUCCUCAUCUGUUGGAAAACCUGUGGCAAUAAAAGAAUACUAUGCCAAAAGUCUGAAAGACAAGGAAGAGGCAGACGAACGUGAGGCAGCGAGUCGCCCAAGAGAAGCAUCUUUCUAUAAGAAACCCCUGUCUGAGUGGGACAUGGCACAGAAAUUAUUUAAGCAGGAGAUCGACACAUAUGACAAGGCCCAACAACAGAGUAAAGGCUUGGAGUAUUCAAUCAAGUACCGCACUGGGAAUGCCAGGGAAUAG